UUUUUGAGGUGUAAUCCAGGCGUUUUCGAGCUCUUCCUUAAGUUGUCAGAGAUGGGUAUCCCUAAGGAGCUGGCCGAGGAGCGCUGUUCAUGGAUUGGAAGGGGAGGGAGGCGGCAGAGAGGCAGCAACGCUGCCCCCGGGCAGGAGCGGGUGCGGAGCGCUCUGUCCUCUCCUCCUCGAGUCAGCUGCGGCGCUUCGGUUCAUUCGCAGCCCAAAUUCGAAUGACUUGCGGAGGCAACUUGUGGAGGGGAGGCAGAUACGGAGGCUGCAGAAGCCAUUAGGAACUUGUAAAAUUAGCAGCCUCUGUGCGCUUGGGGGGAACGGCGUUAGAGAAGUGGCUGACUUCCGAAUAGCGGUGUCACCAGAAGUUUUCCUCCUUGCGAUACAGCCUGUCACAGCUGGAGGCUUGCUUUCACCCUUCCUCAUAAAGUUACCCUCUCUGCGAAGGGACUGCUUCGCUCCGUAGUCAUUACUGAAGAAGAUGUGCGUAGCUAGAAACUGUGUGAGUGAAGAAACAACUUCCCAGUGCAGCGGUCGGUUCUAAGGAAACUUUUAAUUUUGUGCUUCAAGAAACCUGAUUAUUUCUUGGAUUACUUUUCUACCUUGGUCUAGAAGGGGUGUCUUUAUUCAUCUCCUCUCUGAGUUGUUGGUUCAAACUCAUCGACUUCAGUGGAUGCAAGAGGCUUGGUUCUGCUAGGUCAAGACCCUCUGGUGCACUUAGAAAUGCAGCUGUAUUAUCAUUCUGCAGAUCACUUGAGGAAAAUGGAAACAGAUGAGGCUCAAGAUAUGUCCCAGGUUUCAGGAAAGGAAAGCCCUCCAAUUAGUGAUGUUCCAGAUGAUGCAGAUGAACCUAUGCCUGUGCCAGAAGACCUUUCAACUAGUACUGGAGGACAACAGAGUGCUAAGAAUGAGAGAGUCUUGGCUGCAUACGGUACAGAAGGCUUUAGGGACUUUCAUGCAAUAAUUCCCAAAUCUUUCUCCUCUGGUAAUAUUAAAAUAGAGACUCAGAGUGAUGAAGAGAAUGGGCGUGCCUGUGAAAUGAAUGGGGAAGAAUGUGCAGAGGAUUUACGAAUGCUUGAUACCUCGGGAGAGAAAAUGAAUGGCUCACACAAUGGCCCAGGCAGCAAAGCUAUGUCAGGAGUUGGAGGCAUUCGACUUCCUAACGGAAAGCUAAAAUGUGAUAUCUGUGGGAUAAUUUGCAUCGGUCCCAAUGUGCUCAUGGUUCACAAACGAAGCCACACUGGAGAACGCCCUUUCCAGUGCAAUCAGUGUGGAGCUUCCUUUACACAGAAGGGCAACCUUCUGCGCCACAUAAAGUUGCACUCGGGUGAAAAGCCCUUCAAGUGCCACCUGUGUAACUACGCCUGCCGUCGCAGGGAUGCCCUCACGGGACACCUGAGGACUCACUCCGUUGGUAAACCUCAUAAGUGUGGAUACUGUGGUCGCAGCUAUAAGCAGCGCAGCUCUUUGGAAGAACAUAAAGAACGCUGUCAUAACUACCUGCAAACAAUGAAUAUCUCAAGCAGCCUUUAUUCAGUCAUAAAAGACGAAACUAACCAGAGUGAAAUGGCUGAAGACCUGUGCAAGAUAGGGUCAGAAAGAUCCCUCGUGCUGGAUAGACUAGCAAGUAACGUCGCCAAACGUAAGAGCUCUAUGCCUCAGAAAUUUGUUGGUGAGAAAUGUCUGACAGAUCUUCCAUAUGAUGCCACCACCAACUAUGAGAAGGAGAAUGAAAUGAUGCAGACACAUGUUAUUGACCAAGCCAUUAAUAAUGCCAUCAGUUACCUGGGGGCAGAGUCCUUGCGUCCCCUUGUCCAGACACCACCAGGUGGUUCUGAGGUGGUGCCCAUCAUCAGCCCCAUGUAUCAGCUCCACAAACCUCUUGGGGACAAUCAGGCUCGUUCCAACCAUACAGCUCAGGACAGCGCAGUGGAAAAUUUGUUGCUGCUUUCCAAAGCCAAAUCUGUCUCCUCCGAACGAGAUGCCUCUCCCAGCAACAGCUGCCAAGACUCAACAGAUACAGAGAGUAAUAACGAGGAACGCAGUGGUUUGAUUUACCUGACAAACCACAUAGGUCCCCAUGCAAGAAAUGGCAUCUCUAUAAAAGAAGAAAGCAGGCAAUAUGAUGUCUUGAGGGCAGGCACUGACAAUUCCCAGGAUGCUUUCAAAGUGAUCAGCAGCAGUGGGGAGCAAGUAAAGGUUUACAAGUGUGAACACUGUCGAGUCCUUUUCUUGGAUCACGUGAUGUAUACAAUCCAUAUGGGCUGCCACGGGUUCCGCGAUCCUUUUGAAUGCAACAUGUGUGGCUACCAUAGCCAGGACAGGUAUGAAUUUUCUUCCCACAUAACUCGAGGGGAGCACCGUUUCCACAUGGGUUAAAACUCCUCCAACACAGAUAUAGCCUCAACAGCUGCAUUACUGGAGCUGCACGAGCCACAACAGCAACAAAGCACAAGUUGUCUGGACAGUAACAGUAACAAGAGAAUCAGAAGUUCAGAUAUCUUCUCCCACGAGAAAAAAUUUUCAUAUUGGUAGCAUGCAUUGCAACUCAGUUUUCUAAAAUGAAUGCUAAAGUUUUUACUGAAAAUGUUUGAUCACCGAAAACCUUUACUAAUGUAAGUAGAAGCUUUUGUAGUCACAUAGCUGAAAGGCCUCCCCUUAACUGAUGCUUCUUGCAAACCUUCCUUGCCAAAACUCUUAACCAUGUGACGGAUGCACCAUGCAGAUGAGGAUGCAACAGGCAGGAGUGGCCAAGGUUUCUCUCUUAACACCAUGAGUAUAGGGCUCUUACACCAGAUAUAUGCUUUUUUGACUUCCUGGCAGUAUUUGAAUCUGGGAAGAAUAAACUCAACUGAACUGGAGGGUCCCAUCUCAGAUGACUUCACAGAUAGCUGGGGUGAGAUGAGACCCCUCAGCCAGAGAAUCCUCAAUUGCUUUGGUGGUAAAAAGUAGAACAUUUCCAUCUGCAAAGGUGCUGCUGGUAUUGACAUCAUGGUGUGUUUUGUUUGUGUCACUAGGCAGGUGAGCAGGUAUGUGAAAGAUAGAAGAAACACCCUUGUAAUAUACUCUGUGAAGUAUGAACUGCAUUUAAUGUAUAGAAAAAGGGUAUUGUUGGCUCUUCUUUGAAUAAAUAUUUUCUCUCCCUAUCCAACAAACCCCUGCUUUUCAUUAAGCAACCCCUUUUCUCUCUCUGCAUAUACAAGUUAUAAUGUAUUUAAUUUUUCUUUGUCUUUUUUUAAGUUUUAGUUAUUUAGGAAAGUAUGAUGUACAGUUGGGAAAAGCACUAGCUAGAAAUAUGUGUGGGGAAAGUCUCCUUAUGCACAUCACAUUUUUCAUCUUUUUAAACUGCCUGGCAAAUAUCCAAAUGUCUUUCCCUUGUGUAUGAAAAAAAUCCCUAUUUUAUGUGCACAGAAGAUGUCCUCCUGUACAUUUUGUGGUUCUACUCAUAAGUGUUGUAAUUCUUAAUUAUUUUUAAGGCACUGAACUGAAUUAAACCAGCCAGUCAAAAUUUGUAGUCUUCUCCCUUAUUCCUGGCACUUGCUGUUUAAUGAGUGGCCAAGCCCCACAAAGGUGCUGAGAACCCUAGCUUCCUAUUCAACAAAUCAUUUCACCAUGUGCUUUAAGUUACUUUUACUUUAGUGGAACUAAUCUUAAGGCUGAAAAAAAUAGUGUUUUGCUCAAUGGGAACCAGAGACUGCAACACUUGGCAAAGUGCAGUAAAAUCCACCAAGAGCUUACUCCGUGACAGGUUCUGCUGCAGAUACUAUAAUUUCAGUUAGAAUCAAAACUUCUAUGAUUAAUAGAUUCUAAACCCAAGCACAGCUGAUAUUAAAAAAAAAAUUUUUAAAAAAAAACUUUCCCUUUACUUCCUCUUCCAAAUAGUUCAUUUCUCGCACUGAAAACCCUUGUACUUUAAAAUGGGCAAAACCCAAAUUUUUGCAGCUGCAUAAAAAUCUGUCAUCAGUGCUGCAAUACUUCCUGGGCAACAUUCAUAAAAAUAACCCAUCUUAUUAGCUUAAUGUAUAAAUACUUCCACUCUGCAAAGUAAAUGGGUAUUGUCCAAUGAACACAAUCCUAUAACCAAUAAGUCUAGGAGUCUUGUCAUACAGUUAUACUUUCUCCAUUCAGGAGUGCAUGUAAGCACAUAUAUUUAUUGUAAAAGGAAUUUGAUGGAACCACAAACAAUUGUGCCUAGGUCAAUUUGACCUGAUAUAUGUAGCUAUAUUUUAUAUGCAUUUCCUAUAUAUACAUACUAUUGCAGGCACACAGAGUUCCUUCUUCUGCUUUCACUUUUGCAGGUGUAAGUCAGGAGCAACAACACUGAUGUUAGAGGAAAGAUACUGAUGAAACAAUGAAUUACAAGUGUAUGUUUUUACAAUCUCAUGUCUUUGCUUUUGAUGCCAACUGUAAGACACUGCAUUUGACAUGAGUGCACAGUGGUGUUUUUACACUGAAAGUGUAUGUGUGCAUGAUUACUUAGUAGCUUUGUCACCAAAUGUGAAUGCUGUGGGUGAACAUCCAUAGACUGAUGCACAUACCCAAAACAGUGAAAACAAAUUAUUCUUACAUUAGGUAGGCUAGUACAUACAGCAUGACCACUCGAAAAAUGGCAGUGUAAACUACACCCCCAAAGGCGAUCCCCUGUACUCACACACUGUAACUCAGUGGCCAAUGGACAUUAUUGCCCGUUACUCCCCAGCUCAAGGCACAGUGCAAGGAGGCAGGCACAGGGAUUCACCAGCUGCUUUCGUGCCUCAACUAUGAUUUUUUCAUCAAUGCCUGCUACACAUUUAGAUUCCAGACAGACUCUACCUGGCAAUAUGGUAUUACCAGGUAUUUUGUAUAGUAAUCACCUGAAGGAGACAUUUUAGUGGGGAGCUUAUGGUGAUGAGUUUCUUCUUUUCACUUCAAUGAAGUUAACAUGGGUUCAUUUUUUCAUAGCUGGUAGGGACACAUUCAUCUGUUCUUACUCCUCUCCAUUUUUUAUUCAUACCACCCAGGCAGGGAAAAGUAAUUUCCAAGCCCUGCUGCAAUGUCCUGUGUGAAGACAGAUGUUGGCUGCACAGAGACAUUCUCCUUUGAUUGCGCUUUCCUACUGUUCCUUGAUUUAGGCCACUAUGUACCCCAUGUCAUAUUUUUUUUUAUCCCUUCAUUUUAAGACACCAAAAGCUGUAAAGGGGGGGGGGGGACAGAGGCUUGCUCAGGUGGUUUUGUUUCUAUGCUUUUACUACAACCCAACACAAAUAAAUCCAUGUUCAUUAACUGCAUAAACGCGCAUAGCUCCAGUGGAGUUUAAGACUGCCUUGAACUUAAAUUUUAGACGUGAUUUCUGAUUACUGGGUAGGUUCACUGCCUUUGCAACAUCUCUGUGCGCACAUGCACGUGUAUGAGUCUCUGUGCCGCUUUUCUUGUCAACGUGCACAUGCCCUGCUUGUGGGUUUGUGCAUCGUUAAUGUUUUAUAUGCAGAUGUACGUGUGUAUAUAUAUCUAAAAUGGUUCAUACGACAUGAUGACACACUGUCAGUCACAGUGGGUUUGUCUCCUGGGUCUGGAGUUUUCUUAUUUAUACUAUAAGAGAAUAUGUUGAUGUUGUAUAUUAAAGAGUAAAGUAGUAUAAGUGAGUAUAUUAAGACACAAUGUAACAGAGGGCUUAGUUUAAAGGCAGGAGCAAGCAGCAUUCUCUGUUCACAAAGGGGCUUUUUGGGGUUGCUUUUUUUUGGUUUUUUUCUUUUUUUGCACAAAAUCGCCUUCAAUUUGUUUAGAAACAAGGGUUUCAAUACUUUUAUUUAUGAACAUAUGCAAGGAUGGCAUGAAAAUAAAAUUGUGUGUGUGUGUGUACAUCGGAACAAACUGUGCUCUCAGAAACUAGUUUAGUGUAAUCUCCCUUUUUCUGUCUUUUUUUGCUAUGGUGCAAUACCCUGAUAUGGUUUAGCUGACCCCUAAAAUGAGUAAAUUUGUUGAGUGGCUUUAAGUUUAUAUCUGUUUUAAAAAGUAAAAAAUAAUCGCUUCCCUGCCCUUCCUUAAACACUGUCUUUUCUAAUAGAAAAGUUGUAUUUACACACUUUCUUUUUGCUGUGUUUUUAUAUUGUAACUUCAUUUUUUCUUUGAGAAUAUUGUAUUUAAAAAAAAAAAGAGAAGUUCAUAAAAAUCGAAAAUGUUAUUAAGUUAUGUCUGCUAAGUGAGCUGUAUCUUUUAAGACACCUGAAUGUGGUUAAAAAAAAACCCAAACCCAGAACAUUUCUGUCACUCUCUGAGUGGGUGAAGAAGAGGUUCGGUAUAGCUGGAGGCCUUGUGGAGCGGGUGGUGGUGGUGGCUGUGUGUGGUGGGGGAACAAUAUAUGGUGAGGUGCAGGUAGGCAGCUCUGUGACGGCGAGGGAGUGUUGAACAUCCUGCAUGGCCCCAGCUGCUGCAGCCAAACCUAUAGCCCACAUCAUGGGGAGUUCAUCCUGGCCAUCUGCACAACCCAUCUUCUGUGGCCAAAAAGAGUUGCGCUGUGCCAGUUGCCCUGCAUUCACCAGCUACAUGAAGCAGCCUUACUAAACCAGCUCCAGCUAAAAAUCAAGUCCUUAACUGGCUAUGUCCUUUCCAGAGCAUCAUGGCCGCAAAGCUCACACAGCUCGUUUGAGCAGCUGACUUGAGAAGGCUGCUUCCUUUCCAGCCCUCUCCUCUUACCCUUCCCUCCCACCAGCCAACCAAAGUCAUUACAAAACACAAUUACUUCUGCAUGUAGAGUCAUGGUAAUUCAAAAUAAAACAUGGAGAAAUUAUCUCUACUAUUUGCC